CUCACGUUUACAGCUCAACGGCGCCUUUGAUUCUGCUGCUGCUAGAAAGCUAUUGCCUGGAAGUAUAGCACUGACAAGCCUCAAUUCUUGGACUUUUCCCUUGCAUACGCUUCCGCCGAGCCGCGGUCUCAAGCAAUCAUGGUGCUGUAUCCCGCUGCUGUAACGACCACCGCGCUUGGUGUCGUUGGUGCUUAUCUGUUAUUCCAUGGCGAGGGAGAGAGGUUCAAUGUAGGGGAAUUCCUCGAGAGUGUAUCCCCAUUCACAUGGGCGAAUAUUGGUAUCGCCAUGUGCAUUGGUCUUUCGGUGGUCGGCGCAGCAUGGGGCAUUCUCCUUACCGGUUCGUCGAUCCUAGGUGGAGGUGUCAAGGCGCCGAGAAUCCGCACCAAAAACUUGAUCUCAAUUAUUUUCUGCGAGGUUGUCGCCAUCUACGGUGUAAUCAUGGCUAUUAUAUUUUCCUCCAAGCUAAAUAGUGUCGACGCGGCAAACGUCUACUCUGGAAACAACCUGUACACUGGGUACGCAGUGUUUUGGGGUGGAAUCAUUGUUGGAUCCACGAAUUUGAUCUGCGGCAUUUCUGUUGGCAUCAACGGUAGUGGUGCUGCUCUGGCCGAUGCCGCCGACCCUACACUCUUCGUCAAAAUCCUGGUUGUCGAGAUUUUCAGCUCCGUCCUUGGUCUUUUCGGUCUUAUUAUUGGACUGCUCAUCUCCGGCCGAGCCCUGGAUUUCCAAUGAGCGGCAGUCAAUAAACCAACUCCGAAGCAGGAACCCGCUUCGCUCUAGAGAGCAAUCCAGCUGAAGCUACUUGACUAGGAGAUUCUGCUCCGAGCAUAUAUAUGGAAUGGGCGUAUGGGUUUGAUGAUUUUUGUCCCGCGAGGAUCGCCUUCGCGGCUCGACUUCGCCUGGAUAGGCCAAUGUACAGUUAUUUUAUGGCAUAGCACUAGCUUGCAACGCGUUCGACAUCUUUCACAGCUAUCCGAACGGCACCCUCUACAUCAGAUAUCAGUUUUUGCCAUCAUAUAACCAUACAAUGUGAUGCAUACUUAUAUGUAAACCGAAGUGCAAUAAUAACACGAAGAGUUACUUAAAAUAAAACAUGGUAUCAACUCAAUGUCUUCUAUAUUAUUCAACAGACCUAG